AUGGCGACGAUCUGUGGCGCAUUCCGGCAGCUUACAAGCGCCUGUGUGGCAUCUGCAGAGUCUCCUUCGUCACUCAAGAUCGGUCCAACGUCGUCGUCGUCGUCGCUUUCCCACGCGUCAAACGCGCCCAGGACGCUCUCGGGUCCCAUCAUACGUGUCCCACGCAUUAGUCGCACGGGUUACACGUCAUUGGAUCAGUUUACACGCUCGGUAGAAAAAAUUGCUACGCUUCGUGUGAAUAGAUUACGUACAGGUGAGUGUGUGGGUCACAUGUUGAGCUCCAUGGACGUCCUGCUGGGCAUGCAGUUAGUAGCGUCGUCACGACGGGAUUUUCGCGUCUGUGUGAACUUUGUGCUGCCUGGUAGUGACGCAGAGGCAUUGGGCAUUCAUCCAGCGGCUCUCGUAGUGGCUAUUAAUGGCCGUUCGAUGCGUGGAGUGAGUCUACAGCGGGUGCUAAGGGUGAUUCAGCGUGCACUGAGUUGUACAGAAGACAAGAGUGAUAGUCCAUUGAUUGAAGUGCCAGCAAUUGGAGAUUUUAUUGAGAUUGAUUUGGCUCAGAGAGAGCACGAGAUGAACGUGGAUCGCAACUUGUUUGCACUCACGCAGUUUCCAUCACCACAGGGUCAGCAUUUGCCUGGCGUGAAGCAGUUUCAAGAUGGCUAUGAAGCAGAUACGAUUCAGGAGCCUAUGCAGACUCAGGAACAGACUUCUCCAACGCUUCUCCUUCAUGGACGGGAAAGGUCGAGGUCAUUUAAACACUUUUGGAUGUCGGACAGGUCCAGUAAAGCGUGUUACGAGUGUGAACGAUUGUUUACGUUCUUUCGACGAAGACAUCAUUGCCGAUCUUGUGGGCAAAUAUUCUGUGCAAACUGUUGUGCCAGGUUGCCACAGUCGUUUGGAGUAAACAAAGUAGACGAGUCAAUUGAACGAUUGAGGAAACAAUUGGUCUGUCAUAGUUGUCACCGACAGUUACGAGAAGGAUUGCAAAUGAAACUAACAGGUGCUAACUUCGAGGAAGAUUCGCAGAAAUCGGUGAAUUCUCCACCUGUCCAUACGCUGCUACUUAUGCCGCAGCAUCUUGCUGAAGCUAUAAAACGCACGACGUCCGACGCGUCUAGCUUGAAGCAAUUGGAUAAAUCGGAAUUGUUUGGAAAAGAUGAAAUAAAUGACGAUAUACGGGUCAGUGAACAGCCUGAAAAGUCGAGGCCACCAUUGCUAUUUAGUAUGUUCCCCAAGGUUCAAAUUGUUGCAAGCGCGCAACAUCUGGCUCAUCAGCCGCAUCUGCAUGAACUGACAAAAGAGGUGAAGCAAACUGGUCAUGGAACUGCGCGCAGACUAAGGACAUUCAGCGAUCCGCAACUCUUGCUUGAACGAAAGGAUGCACAGCACGCAUCCCGGAAACUGAAGCGCUCAAAUAGCCAGGCAGAUCUAGUUAACCCGAGCAAUCAUCGCUGGAGUGACGCAGAGUUUAAGCGUCUCGUCUCAGAGUCAAAUGCGCAAGCACGGCUUGCAGGAACGUUCCCUCCCACUUCGACUACUCUAACGACGCGGCCCAAGACCCUGUCAGUGUCAUUCGAUACUGCGCGCUUUGGAAACGCUGUUCAGUGGAACCCAUUUGGCCCUGAAAAACGCGUCAAAACGAAAGAUAUCGGCAUUCUAGCCAUGGUUGGCUUGUCCAAGGAUAUUCGCAACGAAUUAGACGAUUCUGAGCACGUUAUUAGAAUAGAAACAGCUGUGGAACGAAUGUCAAAAGAUUCUCGUGACCGCAUUGAAGAGCGCAUUUUCCAUUUGCUAGACAGCUCUCCGGCAGUAUCGCAUCUCUUAAUGAUCGAGCAGCAUCGGUGGAUGCAAAUUAUUAACUUGUUUGCCCAUCGAGCUGCGCUCACUGUCUCGUGCGAGCCCGACGAAGGUGAUUUGCUGGACAUUAUGCAGUAUGUCCGUGUCCAAUGUUUGGAUGGUGGACGUGUGCAAGAUAGUUUUUUCAUUGAUGGCGUCCUCGUUCACAAAAGUUUGGCUCGCAAAGGAAUGAGAAGUGAUAUUCUAAACCCGCGCAUUCUACUGAUUGCUUCAGUGUUAGACUACCAGCGUAAGAAGGACGUAAUUUCGUCGUUGGAGGGCGUCGCUGGCCAAGAAGUGGAAUAUAUGCAUAUCGUUACGGAGAAGAUUAUGACUUUUAGCCCUGAUAUCGUCAUGUUCGAAGGUCAUGUGCACCGAGUUGCAGAGGAGCUGCUUUACAAAGGCAAUGUAGCAGUCGUAAAAAACGUCCGCUUGAUCGACUUGCAACGAAUUGCUCGCUGCACCGGCGCGUCCGUACUGACGUCGUACGAUCACAUUGACAAAAUGUCCGAUGCUGGGGUAAUUGGCACUUGCAAGCGAUUUUACGUAUUGCUGAGCGACCAAGAGCCGAAAAGUGCAAAAAAGAUUGCGUUUAGAUCGAAUGCUGACGGGCUCUACGAAGCGGUAGAAGGAUCUGGUAUUUCUCGGCAGCGGCGAAAACGAACACAGCGCCAGAAUAUUGUUUUUGAAGGGGGUAUCAUGUCAAAGGGGUGCACUUUGUGCCUACGCGGAGGAACACCUGAUGUUUUCACGGACAUCACGAAUGUGCUAACUGCAAUCAUCCGCUGCGCGUAUAACAUGCGGCUGCAGCGGUCUAUGUUGGCAUCUUACGGAUACAUUCCCCCUAGACGAAAGCAAGAGCGUUCUGUUGCAGAGGAAUGGUUUGCCAAGUCGUCAACAUCCCUGUACAUCUCGCUCAAGUCUAAUUCACUAUCAAUGCGUGCUGCCCUGAAGGAAACACAGGCUAUGUGUAAAUGGUGCAAGGCUCACACACGGUUUAACAAUAUUAGUUCUCUUCGGGUGGUUCAUGGGGCGAAAGACGAUGACAGUGCCUUGGCAACUGCAAGUGUUGUGCAGCCGGGCCAUCUCAAUUGGUGUACUUGCGGAGCGAAAUCAUCUAGCGCGCUGAGGGACCGUAUUCUGUUCUCUACCUGUUGGAGUUCAUUGGAGGGGAAAACGGCAUCGAAAGCUGAAAUGAUGUGCAUCGACUUUUACAGUUCAAACGAUAUGUCGGUUGGCCAAUUCCUGGAUAAUUUCUGCUUUGCAAAUAGCAAGGCUGAGUUCAAGCGCGCGUUUGCAACGUCAAAGCUGUCUUUUUCCCACGAUACCGGCCGCGUUAUCAUACGGGUAAAAGAUUUGAAUGAGUUUAAGGACACCAGUGAUCAGCAACCUCCAGCAGAGUUUCUUCGGGAAUUCAGCUAUCGUUCCAUCCUGCAGCAGAUUCGAUCGGAUGAAGUGCUGAUGUGGUCACGCAAUAUAAGUGGUGGGAACGCUUCUGCCUUUUUGUCCUCAACGUAUUCGGUAAUACCGAGGGACGCGUGGAAUUAUUCGUUUGGUAAAUUUUUGGAGGACAUGUUCUAUGGAAAGGCUAUGGGCAUUGACUGCGUCCGUUUUCCCCACUUAGGUGGUGUGAGCGGGUCGCGAGAUGCGUCAUUGGUGCACUAUUUUUCGCGUCACGGACGAGUUGCAAGUGUACAUGUCGAGCCUCUUGAGCCUGUUCUCCACGUCGCAUUACAACCGGCGCUCUGGCAGGAUCACAUUGAUCACCAAGUUCAACUUGAGGCUAUUCAUGACCUCUGCGAUCUCGUUCGCGAAGUGUACGGGGUAACAACUUCGAAAGUCGCCGAGUCGAUGGAAGAUCUGGUUACGCCACUUCACGCGAAGCAGAACUUAAAGAUCUUGCGGAAUGAGGUUCAGCAAUGGUAUUCCUGCUUCGGUGCAAAAAUUGGGUCAAACCCACCGCAAGAUGUAUUUGCAUACAACGCUCACUUUCGGGAAAUUUACGAGUACGCCGUUGGUUGGAGUUUGCGUAUUACACGUACCGUUCAGGCUACGGUAAAACCAACAAUGGUAAAUCACAUCGAUAGUCCAAAGAGUGCCCUCCCUAAAGCUUGGUUUGAUCAGCUCGCACAGCAGGCAGAAUGCAGCGACCGGUACAGCGACAUAUCUGCUCCUAGUGCUCUGGGGACAACGCCAGUGAACAUGAAUUUUCAGGAGCCUGGUAACUUGGCACAUCUCGCGAGCUUUGCGCGUAGUUUGGCUGCAGCAAACAAUGCCUCGCCAGCAGGAGGAACGGCGCAGGUCGCCAACGAAGUUGCGAACACGUUGCGGCAGAAUGGAACUACUGGCACGCAUCAAUCGGAGCCAUGGGAGUCGGAUGAAGGCUACGAUCAUUAUGACGAAUCUAGUCAUUCGUUUCCGAUCGAUUUCAUGGCAGAAACGGAGCCGUAUACGUCAGUGACACCAGUAUUUGGAAAAACACUGUCAAUGUCUGGUGUUCCUGGUCACGCUUCCUCCUCCACCAUGGGAGCUCUUACGUCCAGGAAAGCACUUGAGAAUUUUCGUCUGACGCAGCAAGCGAAGAAGCCUGACGGCUUAGGAUACUUAGCACUGCCUAAAAGAUUGCUCGAGUGGCACCCUAGCUUGCCGAUGGGGGCAAAUAAGGCCCCAGUUUUGGUUAACGCAAAGCAGCCGACUUCGGUGGUGGCGUACUCUCUUUUUUCAAACGAAUACAGCCGUUGCAUCAACGAUAACAUGCGGAAAGAAGCUUUCCGAUACACGGUUGAGGCAAAAGUUGCUGAGAAUGGCGUUCCGUCAGUGGCCAAUUGCGGCCAGUCCGAAGAGAUCAGGAGUAUGCUGUGCAUUUUGCGCUCAGCCACGCGAAAUAACGUCGGUCACAGUUUUGUUGAUGAGAAUCAGUUUCAAUCGGCUGUGCGCUUUAGCUGCAAAUCGUACUACGCCAUGCAAUUUCACGCGCUCCGAAAGCUGUAUUAUGGAGGUGACCGAAACUACGUAGAAUCUCUUUGCAACUGUCAGCAGUGGAAUGCUGCUGGCGGUAAGUCAGGUGCUGGUUUUCUGAAGACACGCGACGAACGCUUCAUCGCAAAAGCCAUUCCAGAAAUUGAGCUGCAGAUGUUUCUGAGCAUGGCAAACGAGUACUUUUGCUACAUGGCAAAGACCUUCGAAAACGACUUGUCAUCAAUGCUCUCUAAAGUGCUUGGUAUUUACAAGGUAUCUAUCUCAAACACAAUCCAAAGUGGUGACAGCGAUCAAAACGUGCGCAUGUGUGUAAUCGUGAUGGAGAAUUUGAUGUAUGGGCGCGAAGUUGACUUUUCUUUCGAUCUAAAAGGCAAGAUGGAAGGACGUUACAAAGAGGGUCAGCUCGGAGAUAGCCGCUCUGUUUUGUGGGAUCGCAAUUUCGUGGAGUUGGCCGGUGGUAUUCCGUUACCUCUACAGGAAUCUGCGUUAUCAUUACUUCUGUCCGCGAUCAUAAACGAUACAACCUUCUUGGCAUCUGUCCAAGCAACCGAUUAUUCAAUGCUGGUGGGCUACGAUGUAAAAAAACAGGAGCUGGUAGCGUGCAUUAUCGAUUACAUUCACAAGUACGACUUCAUGAAGAUGAUGGAACAUGCCGGUAAGCGGCUAAUUCAAGAGGAAGGAGAAAUUACCGUGCUGAAUCCAAAGCACUACCGCAAACGUUUUUGCCUGGCCAUGAACAAGUAUUUCGUCACGAUUCCGUCGCGGUACACAAAGGUGACCACAGUUGUCCGGAACACGACGUUCACUACAACAGUCGGCAGUUCCGGCACAACAACCCAAGAAGAAGAGAAAGACUACCAACAACCUCCCUACAGUACUAGCACGACUGCCAGCAGUGUGAGCACUCUGCGUCAACAGUACUAA